AUGUCUUUAUCAAAAUUUGAAACUUUAGCCAAUGAAAUUUUCUUGGAUAUUUUUGAUUAUCUUCGACCACUUGAUUUAAUUCAUGCAUUUAGUAUGCUUAAUGAUCGUUUACAAAAUUUAAUUAUUCAACGUCGAAUGCAUGUUGAUUUAUCGACAAAUAUAUCUUUUAAUGAAUUUAAUGAAUAUUGUUCAAACAUUUUUCUUAAUUAUUCAUCAUGUAUCUAUGCAAUUCGUUUAUCAAAUAUUGAAACAUGUGGUGGAAUUAAAUUAUUUUUAACAAGAUUUUCACAUAUAAAUAGAACAUUUCCUAAUUUAUAUAUAAUGUCAUUUAUUGAACCGAAUGAAUCUGAAUAUAAACAAAUUAUUAAAUUAAAACAUUUAUCAUCAAUUCAAGUAAAAUCUUAUAAAAUGUAUGAACAAAAAAUUCAACUUGGUCUUCUCUUCGAUAUUCCACAUUUAAAAACAUGUGUUUUGUCAUAUGAUGAUGUUUUAUCUACAAACAAACUUCGACCAAAUUCUCAUCUCAAUCGACUUGUUCUUGAUAGUUUUUAUAUAAAUGAUCUUCAUACACUUAUUCAAUUUUAUCCGUUACUUAAACAUCUUACUAUUCAUCGACUUCUUGUUAAUUUUCAAGGUUUUUUACCACUAUUUAAUGAAUCAUUUCAAACACUUCGUACACUUAAACUCAAUUGUAUAUAUACAGUUCGAUUUGAUUAUCUUGCACAUAUACUUUCGUUUUUACCACGACUAUCUCGACUUACAAUAAGUGCUAUUGGUAUUGAUUUUUUAAGUUCAGAACAAUGGUUACGAAUAUUAACAUCAUUAGAACAAUUACGUUUUCUUGUACUUGAUAUUAAAGCUGUAUCAUCAACAUUUGAUGAUGAACUUUCAUCAUCAUUUUUAACUGGAUUUUGGCGACAAUGGCAUAUAGCUGUUGAUUAUUCACAAGAUAAUAAUAAAUUUCAUCUAUUUACUGUACCAUAUCGUCGUCUUUCAUUUAUUAGUACAAUACAUUGUUUACCUGUAACUGAAGCACCGUAUAAUGCGUUUACUUCAGUUACUGAUCUUUAUUUGAAAACAAAUAUGCCAAUGCAGAUUUAUACGCAACGAAUAUAUCCGAAUGUACGUGCUCUUCAAAUAUAUCAAAAUGCUAUUGUUCCAGUUAAUUAUUCAACAUUACUUACACAACUUUGUUCUAUGAUUGAUUUAUAUAAAUUAAUUCAUUUAGAACUUUUCAUUCCGUUACCGGCGUCUAUGUUUUUUGCUUUAUUAAAAUUUACACCGUGUUUACGAUAUUUCAAAACUGAUUAUGAUAUUCUUAUGACUCUAACAGAUCGUCUUCAAAAUAAUGAUGUAUGUUCUAAAUUACAUGAUAGACUUGAAAAAUUUGUAUUACGUCGUGGUACUCUACCAAUUGUUGAUAAUAAUCGUUUUCUUGAAGUAUUUUCAAAUGUAAAACAUUUACAUAUUAAUUUAAAUACAUUACAUGAUUUAAGACAAAUUGCUGGUAAAUUUGUUAAAACUAUGACUAAUCUUCUAACAUUAAGUAUUUGGCUCAUUAGUACUAAUGAACCAAAUGAUACACUUCAAUGGGAAGGUAUUGUUAAUAAUGUAAGCUAUGAAAUAGCUAAACGACAUAUUAAAAUUUGGAAAUAA